CCUGGGCGCUGAGCGGCAGCGGCUGUGGCCAAUGGGCGUCUGGGCGGGCCGGGGAAGGCGGGCGCCGCGGACCGGCGAAGCUCGCUGCCGGCGCGAGUCUCCCGGGCUGAGGUGAGGGCGUCUCUUGACAGGCGGCUCAGGUGUGAGGCGCGCCGGGAGGGUGCGCUGCGGGUCGGCCCGGCUCUCCCCGCGCGCGCCGGCGGCUCGCGGUUCCGGUAGCUGAGGCGGCCCGGGCUCUCAGUUGCGUUUUCUCCCUCGUCUGUCUUGGGGCGCUCGCCUUCGUGGCUGGGGGUUCCUGAGCAACUUGGCUGUGACGGGCUGUGGGCAGCGAAGCACAGAGUAAAACGGCGAAGCAGGACUCUGGGAGGUCUGCACACUGGUCCACUCCACAAGAAUGUUUGCUGCAUUUGUGGACCAAAGCAUGGGAUUAAUUUUUAUUUUUGGAAAGACAGUGCCAGUGGUCCUCCUCCAGCUGUCAGUUUGGCGUUAAUGAAGAUGCUUGCCUGUUUUGCAUGGACUGGUCAUCAUUCUGAGUGUCUCUUCAAGCACAGCUCUGUUUGGAAACUCGAGUAUCCAAGAGUUUGGGUAAUGGCAUAAGACAUCCUCUGAGGACUGCAGAGUUUAUAGAGACUCCGUCUGGACUCUCCAGAGUGGCACUCUUGAUUCACUGAAUUUGGAAGAAUUUUAUAUAAGUAACAACAAAAGAUGGGAGAAAGAAAUGGUGAUGCAAGGAGUUUCUGGAUGAAGCUUCAAAAUGAUGGUAAAGUGGACUUUAUGUUUGAAAAAACACAAGAUGUGCUGCAGUCACUGAAACAGAAGAUAAAAGAUGGGUCUGCCACAAAUAGAGACUGUGUCCAAGCAAUGAUUUUGGUAAAUGAAGCAAAUAUAAGUAACAGUCCAACAAAGGAUCAUAUACCUAUGACUCAGAAUGAACAGGAAAACAAAUCAAAUGCAUUUCCCUCUACAUCAUGUGAAAACUCCUUUCCUGAGGACCGUACCAUUCUAUCUCCAGGAAAAGAAGCAUUCCUUCCUGUAACCAGGAAAGCUGCAGACCUGGGGAAGAAGGAACCCCCUUUGAGUGUGUCUUUCUGUGGCCAUAUCUGCUCUAGUGCUUGUCUAAUGGAAACACCACUGUCAUUGAAGGGAGAAAACCCUCUGCAGCUACCAAUCAGAUGUCACUUCCAAAGACGACACGCAAAAACAAACUCUCAUUCUUCUGCUCUCCACGUGAAUUAUAAAACGCCCUGUGGACGGAGUCUACGAAACAUGGAGGAAGUUUUUCAUUACCUUAUUGAGACAGAGUGUAACUUUUUAUUCACAGACCACUUUUCUUUCAAUACUUAUGUUCAGUUGACUCGGAAUUACCCAAAACAAGAUAAAGUUGUUUCUGAAGUGGAUAUUAGUAACGGAGUGGAAUCAGUGCCGAUUUCUUUCUGUAAUGAAAUUGACAGGAGGAAACUUCCACAGUUUAAGUACAGAAAGACAGUAUGGCCCCGAGCAUACUACCUAAAUUUUUCCAACAUGUUUUCUGAUUCAUGUGACUGCUCUGAGGGCUGUAUAGACAUAAAAAAAUGUGCAUGUCUUCAGUUGACAGCAAAGAAUGCGAAAGCAUGUCCCUUGUCACCUGAUGCAGUAUGUACUGGAUAUAAAUAUAAAAGGCUGCAGAGACUCAUACCUACUGGCAUUUAUGAAUGCAACCUGUUGUGCAAAUGUAACCGUCAGUUGUGUCAGAACCGAGUCGUCCAACAUGGUCCCCAGGUGAGGCUACAGGUGUUCAAAAGUGAGAAGAAGGGCUGGGGAGUACGCUGCCUGGAUGACAUUGACAGAGGGACAUUUGUGUGCAUUUAUUCAGGAAGAUUACUAAGCAGAGCCACUCCUGAGAAAACUAAUACUGAUGAAAAUGAAAGAGAACAACAAAACAUUGUAAAAAAUACGCUUUCCAAAAAGAGGAAGAUAGAAGUUGCAUGUUCAGAUUGUGAAACACAUCCUAGAAGUCCUAAAACUGAGAAAUGUUCUACUAAGUUUAGUAGUAAUCUCAAAGAGCCUGUUAUGGAAAUGAACUAUAGAAAUAUUUCAAGAACUCAGCGUCUCUCAGUCAUUAGAAGCCCUAAAUUCAAGACAGCUGUUUUUCAUUACAAUGAGAAAAGCAUGGGAUUUGUGUCCUCAGAAUCUACCACCCCCGAAGAUAAGAAUGGGUUUAAACCAGCUCACGAACACAUAAACUCUAAAGCUAGAGCUCACGGGGUCUGUCAGGUUACAGAAAAGAUGGAAAAAAGGACAUGUGCCCUCUGCCCCAAAGGCCACGACUGGAGUGUGAUAUACUUUGCACCAUCGGAGAAUAUAGCUGCUCAUGAAAAUUGUUUGCUGUAUUCAUCAGCACUGGUGGAAUGUGAAGCUCAUGAUAAUCUCAAUAAAUCUAGAAAUUUUGCUGUGAAAUCGGUAAAGAAAGAGAUCUGGAGAGGAAGAAGAUUGAGAUGCACAUUUUGUACUAAAGGAGGAGCCACCGUGGGAUGUGACUUACCAUCCUGUUCCAAGAAUUACCACUUUUUCUGUGCCAAAGAGGACAAUGCAGUUCUACAAGUUGAUGGAGUUGAAGGAACUUACAAAUUAUUUUGCCGACAACAUGCUCCAGAACUACCAGGGACCAGUCAAAGUGCUGAGAGCCCAAGCUUGCAGAAAGGGAAAGGAAAGAAGAAAUGCCUCCCAUCAGGCUCCCCUGAACAGCCACCAAAGAAAUUGGGCAGAUUCAAAAGACGUAUGAGAGAAGAGCCCCGCAGCCACAGAGAUGCAACUGCCAAAGUUCCUUUUCUUAAGAAAUGCAAGGAAGCAGGACUUCUUAAUGAAUUAUUUGAAGGGAUACUGGAAAAACUUGAUUCAAUUCAAGGAAAACUCCUGAGUGAGACCGCUUCAGAAUCAGACUAUGAAGAGAUCGAUACUUUACUGUUGGACUCUGGAUUGUUUGAAGACACAUUAAUAAAAUUCCAAGAAGUAAUAAAGAGUAAAGCUUGUGAACAUGAAGAAAGGCAGAGGCUGCUGAAGGAGCAGCUCGAGGCACUUGGGAACUUAACGCAAACUUUGUGCUCAUUUCAAGAAAAUGGAGACCUGAACUACUCAAGCUCUACUUCAGGAUCCUCUCUGUUUCCCUGAGGACCACCAGUUCAAAUGCCCAGUCUACUAAGAUGCAAGCAGGCUGGAAGACAGCCUGUGACAGCUACAUAGGUCCCCAUCCCU